GUUGCAGCGCGCGCCGCUCGGUGAGUGUGUCUCCCGGGCGCCGAGAGCGGGGAGGGGGGAGGCGGAGGACGAGCCGGAGCAGGAGGAGCAGGAGCCCGAGCCUGAGCCCGAGCAGGAGCAGGAGCAGGAGGGGGAGAAUGCCCGGAGCCUCGGCCGCUGCCGCCGCCGCGAUGCUCCCGGCUCAGGAGGCUGCCAAGCUCUACCACACCAACUAUGUGCGGAACUCGCGGGCCAUCGGCGUGCUGUGGGCCAUCUUCACCAUCUGCUUUGCCAUCGUCAACGUGGUGUGCUUCAUCCAGCCCUACUGGAUUGGCGACGGCGUGGACACUCCGCAAGCCGGCUAUUUCGGGCUCUUCCACUACUGCAUCGGCAACGGCUUCUCCCGGGAGCUGACCUGCAGGGGCAGCUUCACGGACUUCUCCACGCUGCCCUCGGGCGCCUUCAAAGCCGCCUCCUUCUUCAUCGGCCUCUCCAUGAUGCUCAUCAUCGCCUGCAUCGUCUGCUUCACCCUCUUCUUCUUCUGCAACACGGCCACCGUGUACAAGAUCUGUGCCUGGAUGCAGCUCACCUCCGCUGCCUGCCUUGUGCUUGGCUGUAUGAUUUUCCCUGAUGGCUGGGAUUCCGAUGAAGUAAAACGAAUGUGUGGAGAAAAGACAGACAAGUACACUCUUGGAGCUUGUUCUGUUCGCUGGGCAUACAUCCUGGCUAUUAUUGGGAUUUUGGAUGCCCUGAUCCUCUCGUUUUUGGCAUUUGUCCUUGGUAACCGACAAGACAGCUUGAUGGCAGAAGAAUUGAAGGCAGAAAACAAAGACGACGGAAAUGCUUAAGCAAACUAAGGUAGUGUGAGACGUCACCAUUUCUGCUAAGCCAAUAUUCUCUAGAAUGAGCACAAAACAAGUCAAAUAACAGCUAAAACAAAUCAAACAACAGCUUUUGUACAUCAACAUCCAAAAGGAAGAUGCUUGGGAAAGAUCAGAGUACAGAGAUGGAUACGGACAAGAGCGAAGCACCCUCUCGUGAAAGCAACUUCUAAAUCUAGAUGGACAGAGAUGGGAGUGUUUUCUGGAAAGAGAUACAAUCAUGGAUCAAACACCACCAGCUCAUUGGAAACUGUCAUUGAAUAAGAUCAGAUAACAUUCAUGAGAUGUCACAUUCAGGAAAUACAUUAAGGAAGAGAAAUACACUUGUGCUAGCAUUAAUGUGUAAAAUAAUGUAUGUACUGAGGUUUGUAAACUGUCCUUUUUUAAUCAAACUGAAAAUGAAAAGCUUUAAUCUUUCAAUGUCAUUUUUAAAAAAAAAAGGCAGUCUAUCUAAAUUAUUACGAUCUCAGUAAAGCACCAUUUGUUAAGCAAGUAUCUUAGAAAAUGCCUCUGAAUGUUUUCACAGGAUCCUUGCUAUCUGGGUCCUCAUCUCUGCCAUUCAUUUUACCGUGUAAUUAGUUAUAGCCACUCUGUUAAGAGAUGGACCAGUACAAACUUUUUACCAAGUCUUUGUUCAGUUUAAUCUGUCCGUACAAGUUAUUACUGAGAAAGUGUUUUUGACACAUACUACUACUCCAUUCAGCUGUAUAUUACAGGAAGUACAUCUUUACACCUUAGGAUCCUGAGCAACAUAGAAUUCCUUGUCUUUCAGGAAACAAUGCCAAGGAAUACUGAAAAAUCUAGAAAGCUCAUUUUCACCAUGGAUGCUCACAUGUAAUAUAUAGGCUACUAUCAAAUAAACACUUUUUCUAAUUCUCCCUAGUAUACGCAUAGGAAUUUAAUACACUUUAUAAAUAGGUAUCUAAGGUAUCUCCUUUUCCCCUUCUAUUUCUUUACCAUACAUGCCAUCAGAAAUUUAUAUCUUUUUCUUUACUAACAUUAUUUUUGUUUUUGAAAAACUGUUCCAUUAAUUCUAUUUCUAAAUGAUAGUAAAUGGUACUAACAAAAAUAAUAAUUUAAUAGCCUUAGAAAUAAAUGAAUAUAUACUUAUACAGGUCAAAGAAACGUGGUAAGAGUAAGCUUUUUGUUUACUAAUGUUGAUUUCAAAAAAAUACUCAGAUUUUUGGGGUCGGUUAGCAUCCGAAAGUAGUUAUAACUGAUCAGUUGUCUUCAAUGAUCUUUCACUCCCAGGCCUUCCCCAUGCCCCAUCAUCCUCACUACAUAUCCUACAAUACGCAACAGCAGAAAAAUAUUUCAUUGUGAAGUAGCCAAUAGCUUGAGAAUGAACACAAGCUAAAUUGUACAUGCAGAAAUUAUCAGUGUAAGUCAAAUCACAUUCUUUACUUGAGCAAAAAAUACAAGCAUACAGAAUGCUUUCAUUCAUAGACUCAAAAAAUAAGAUCAACUUAGCAAAUAACAUCAGAUGGAGGAUAAGACAGGAAGGUGGAUUUCUCUUACCCUCUAUUUUUUAGGACCACACACCAAAUUUAGCUAAAUGCUUCUGGUAUUGACCAUCUUUUCACCAAAAGUUAAAUGAUGUUUCAAAUGUCUGAAAGUCUAUUACAGGUAUGCUUCAAUAAGUUAAAUACGAUUCAGAGAUUUUCUUUUUGAAAAAAAUUAUGGAAAUACUUAUUAUCUCUAACUGAAUUAUUAACCAUUCUGGGAGUUAUUUGUUGCUUUAAAUAUUAGCUCUCCCACUGUAUUCAAAAUACCCUCCUUACUAAAUUUAAUUACACACAACUUUUCAAAAAUCCAUAUUUUAUUUAAGGAAAGUAUCUCUCCACUUUAGCUAGAACAAAAAUAAAAGGUGUUGACUUUCCUAAUCUAUAUAAAUUGUGGCUUCCAUUGGGAGUCCAAUGGAAUAAUAGUGAACUAAUAGUGAACUUGCAAAAUAUGAAAAAGUACUUCCUAUCUACAUGAAAAUACUUUUUAAAGUUUCUUUUCCCAUUAAACCUAAGUGUAAUUUAACAUGCCACAGUGCUCUGAAGAUGGGUCAUUGAUGAUGUACCAUUUGUACAUAGAUAAUACACAUGUAAAUCACUAAAUGUUAAGUAUAAGAAGUUGUUUUUAUCUUUUUUAAGAAAAAUAAAUAAAGUGACUCCCUUU